AUGAAUUUUCUGGAGACUCAUUGUUUUAGUCCACAUAGAAUUUGUUUAAGUUUGACUGGUUUGUGGCCUUACACCAAGACAAAAUGGAAAUUGAUUGGAACACUUCUUAUAAACUUCAUUUUGAUUAACAUACCGAUAUCGCUGAUAUUAAAUGUUACUUGCAUUUCCGUUGAACAUUAUAACAUCAAAUUAAUUUCCGCGAUUCUCUGGUACUUUCUAAUAUAUCUUUAUUACGCUUUAUCAUAUUACAACAAUUUCUUUAAAUUGUCGAAAAUAAGGAAACUUCUAACACGUAUUAAUCGUGAUUGGUGUGAGAGAGGAGAUACAAAAGAAUUCAAAAUUAUGAAACAAUACGCGGAGGAGAGCAGGAUCUACAUGAUUCUCAUGAUAAUUAUUAAUUACGCAUCAUUAUCUGCAAACGUUUUUAUACCAGCUACGCCUUUUAUUCUUGAUAUUUUUUAUCCAUUAAAUGAAACCAGGCCACGCUUAUUUCCAUUUCCAGUAAAAUUUUUGAUAGACACGCAAAAAUACUAUUAUUUCUUAUUAAUAAUAACUUAUAUCAGUGUUUCGCUAUUACUCUUAGCUGGCAUAUCACAUUACGCAUUUUGUCUUUCGUUCGUACAACACGCAUGUGGAAUGUAUAUGGUCGUCGGGAAUAUGUUGGAAAAUCUGUUUGAUGAUGAAAAAUUCGAUAAUUCUAAGUUGGAGGAUGAAUUUUAUCCAAAAAUUGUCCAAAGUAUAAAAUACCAUAAAGAAGCUUUGAAAUUUAGCGCUGAUUUGAAUUCUUUAUAUGAAACUACUUACUUUUUUAUGUUGAUACUUGGACCUUUUCUCAUGGGUUGUGGAUUUAUUCAAAUAUUGCAAGAUGAUGCGUUUACAAUUGAAAAUCUAGCAGGAUCUAUUGUAAUUAUUAUAAACAUUAUAUGUAACCUGAUAGUAAUAUACUGGAAUUGCUAUUUGGGUCAAAAAAUAAUAGAUCAUAGUGUUCUUCUAGUCGAUAAAGCAUACAGUACGCCAUGGUACAUGUUAUCUGUUAGAUCACAAAUCUUAUUUAAAUUUAUCAUAAUGAGGAGUAUGAGAACCUCUUAUUUAUCUCUUGUUAAUACAAACUGCACUGUCCUAUGCAACAGUUGCGAACUCCAUACGAUAAUUCUUACUUAUACGAUAAUCAUAAUAAUAAUUUACCUUACGUCUAUUAUUGGGAUCUCGCUUAUAUCGAUCUUCCCUGUUUUUCUCGAUAUCAUUAAUCCAUUGAAUGAAACUAGAUAUCGUGAGUUACCUUAUCCAGUGGUAGAUUUUAUAGAUCAACAAAAAUAUUUUUAUCACUUGUCGAUGCUAUCUUUCAUGGUGGUAUUAGACAUGAGUUUUUGUGGAAUAGCUAACUACGCUCUUAUUGCUAUCUUUAUACAAUAUAUGUGUGGAAUGUUUUCUGUCGUUGGAAACAUGUUGGAAAAUGCAUUAGAUAGUAAAUUAAUAAAAUCUGACGAUCCCAAUAAAGAAGCUAAAAUUUAUGCGAAAAUUGUUCGUAGUAUAAAGUACCACAAAGAAGCUUUAAAGUUUGAUGCUGAUUUUAAUGCUUUGUUUGAAACCACAUAUCUUAUAAUGUUGAUAUGUGCACCUAUUCUCGUAACCCUAGGAUUCGUUCGAAUAUUACAGGAUGAUGCAUUUGAGACAAAGAAUCAGAUGGAAACUAUUCAUAGUUUGAUAAAUGUUUUAUGCAACUUAUUUUUUGUGUAUGGGAAUUGUUACUUGGGCCAGAAAGUAAUAGAUCAAAGUGUUUUUGUAUUCGACAAAGCAUUCAGCGUACCAUGGUACCUCCUUUCUAAAAGAUCACAAAUUCUAAUCGAAUUUAUUAUGAUGAGAAGUGUAAAACCUUCUUAUAUAUCGCUCGGCAAAUUCUCCAUCAUGUCUAUCAAGUUUUUUGCCUCGUUAAUACAAACUGCAUUAUCUUAUGCGACCGUUGUCAACUCUCUACAAUAAUUAUCGAAUCUUAUUGGAUUUUGAAGAAAUAGUAUACCACAAUUAGUAUUACUAGUAUUAUUUUAAAUUUAAGUGUUGUCC